CCCUUUGUAAAUUUUGACCCAAAAAAAGGAGAGCUACUCCAAUAAAGAGGAAUUGGAAGAAAGUAAAACUUUGCGCAGGGAAUAGGCUUGCAGCUAAAACCCUCAAAAAACCCCUAUGCACCAUUGACGAUUAGGGUAUAAUGAAAGGAGGGAAAGCUGAGUGAUUGAUUUCUCCAUUGGCGUCGUCGUCAUCAUGUUGGUUUCCAGAUAUAUUCAGCGGCGCUCUCUCACAACCCUCGCCUCUCUCCUCUCCUACACUCCCUUACAGAAUGUGAUUCUGAGGAGAUAUGAUUCGGUGAACAUGAUCUCAAGUGGUGGGAAUAUGAUCAGUUCUCCGGUCAAAUAUGUAAAAGUUCCUAUUUUUACUUCAACAAAUGUGUGGAAUUGCAAUGUUGGAGUGAGGUGGAUGUCAGGGAAGAGCAUGAGGAGCAGAGUGGCAAUGAGAAUGCAAAAUGAGUCCAGCAAAACCCUUAGAGAGAUUCGAAGGUCAAAGAAGUUAAAGUUGAAGCUCAUGACUGAUGAAGAACGAUUAAUUUAUAAUCUAAGAAGAGCAAAGAAAAAAGUGGCGUUGCUACUUCAGAAGCUGAAAAAAUAUGAGCUCCCAGAUUUACCAUUUCCGCGGCAUGAUCCUGAGCUUUUGACUCCUGAGCAACUGCAAGCGUAUAAGAAGAUUGGUUUCAGGAAUAAAAAUUAUGUACCUGUUGGUGUUCGUGGAGUCUUUGGAGGAGUUGUCCAAAAUAUGCAUCUCCACUGGAAGUUUCAUGAGACUGUGCAAGUUUGUUGUGAUAACUUCCCUAAGGAAAAAAUUAAGGAGAUGGCUUCAAUGCUGGCUCGACUAAGUGGUGGAAUUGUGGUUAACAUACAUAAUGUGAAAACAAUUAUUAUGUUUCGUGGCAGAAACUACCGCCAGCCAAAGAAUUUGAUACCUAUGAACACACUUACAAAAAGGAAGGCAUUAUUUAAAGCCCGAUUCGAACAAGCACUAGAAUCACAGAAAUUAAACAUAAAGAAAAUAGAGCAAGAGCUCCGGAGGAAGGGAAUAAAUCCUGAUGAUCCAACUGCCAGAGCCAGCAUCCAGCGAGUAGCAUCCACAUUCUUCAAUGCUAUUGAUAAGAAAGAAGGAAGCCCAUAUGUCUUUCAGGAUGAUAAUGGUACUCACAGCGGUAGUGUAGACGAAAAACAUUCAGUAGCUGAAGACAGUGACCAGGAGGAGCUUGACAAUUUCAUAGCUCAGAUAGAAAAGGCAGCUGAUGACGAAUGGGCAGCUGAAGAAGAAGCAGAGAAAGAAGAAGCGGGGAAGCUUAGAUAUUGGAACAAAGAAGAUAUAGGUAGUCGAUUCAGAAGCUCUGGAAUGAUUGGAAGUGAUGAAUCAGAUAAUGAAACUGGAGGAAGGACAAGUGGCGGGAGUAAGACAUAUGGAAGGAACAUAGCUGAUGAUGAUGAUGAACACGAUGAUGUAUCUGAAGAUGAUGGUGAGUUAGAUGAUGAUGAUGAUCGACGGUGUGGUAGGAGAGAUACCGACACGUACAAGGCUCCAGUCAGGCAUCCCAAGUAUAAAACAGAGAAAUGGCAGAAAGGUAAGAGCAAUAGACCUAAAAAUGAGGGAGGACCAAGCAGAAAUUUUGACCCUUAUUUGAAGGGAACGAUGGCUACAGAUGGUUCUGCUCCAGAUAUGCUAAGUGACCUUGAGGAAGCCAUGUGGACUUCAGAUGAUGAGGGUGGGCAGAACUCAACUCAACCAAGUGAGUAUAGAAGUAGUAGUGAUGAGGGGGAGGAUUAUGAUAAGAUAGCAAAGUGGGAAUCAGAUGCAGAGGAUGCACCCGGUUCGAGGGCAUCAAGUGGAGUUGGUAAUAGCUUUAGGACUCGUGGUCAAGGACAAAUGAAGAAAAACGAGGACACCCGCGAGAGCAGGAGGAAGGUGAAAAGCUCAAAGGACUUUGAUGAAACUUGGGACAGCGACUGACUGGGAUUCCAACUUUGACAUAGAAAUAGGGCUCGUUGGAUGUACACAUGCAGUGCAAUAGAGGCUGGUGUUGCUUAUGGUACUUGAUCUAUGCAAGCAAAUCAGGAAGAAAGUUCGUGGUUGCACAUGGGCAAGGAAUCAAGCUAACUAUUUCUUCCUGUGUGCUGCUUUUGCAUCUACAUUUUUGAAUUUGGGUGAAGCACAGCAAGGCACAUAGACAUUGGCAGUGCACCUGAAUGUCCUCAUCUGUAGUUUUCUUGUAUCCACAUUGUUUAAGUAAUAAUUCCCAUUCCCUUCUCAUAAUGUUUUGUCAGAGCAAUUGUGCUGCAGAAGAGUAGUAGUACAUGGAAGAAUCUACAGUGGCGACUCUUGUAUAUUAUCAGUGAACCAAAUUACUGUUUUGAUAAUAUAUUCAGAUUGAAUUGACUGGACUAUAA